GCAUCUUACUUGCAAUUUGUACAGUUUUUACUUAAAUUAAGCAUUUUUAAUAGCGAUCCAUUUACGAAUCAACUAUUUACCUCUAUUAAAGAGACAUUACUUUUACCGUAAUAGAUAUAAUAAAUGAAAUAAUAAAGAUUAAUUCUCCGACGCUGGAUUUAAAAAUCGAUGUAUGUUAUUAACGUAUGUAUAAGUAACAGUGAAUGUAAUAUGAAUAUCGUUCGAUAAAUUGACAAUAGAAUAAAGACAAAGAAUACCAUACUCUUUCCUAAAGAAAGGAUCAUAAAAAAUAUACCGUUAGCUGAUCAAUUUCUUAACCUUAAAAUAACGUCAGACUGUUUCUAGGUGGCGUUAAACGGAGACCUGUUUCAGUACAUAUCUGUUCUUAAAAUUUAUCGAAAAUUUGUGAUUUCCCGAAAUGGUGGACCUUAGCAAUGGUUUCGACAACCCAAUCGAACAUGGAUUCAGCGAUAUCGUCUUCAUAACACCUGCAAUUUUAGUGAUUGGUCUCGCCGGUCAUUUAGGCGAGGUUAAGUAGCAUUUCGUGGCUUCACAACUAACACGUUGGAAGUGGCCACGUUGGCCUGACGUCCAUAUGACUACCAAUAAGAUAACUAACAUACAGAUCCUCUUUGGAUUUAACCAAUCGUUGGUCACAUAUUUGAUCAUCGUUCAUGUUCCCGCCAAGCACGAGCGAUCUUUUCAGUAAAACGAUCAUCUUUUUGAGGAGCGCCCAGUUCUCCGAAGAUCUCCUCCAUUUUUUCAUAUAAAACGUUUCAUCAAGUACGCUAAUGAAUUACAGUUCGAACAUUAUCACUAAUAACUCGCUAACAAUCUUUCAAUAUAACGGACGUGUUAAUCGAAUUGGAAAACAAAGACAAUGGAUGUGGAUGAUACUUGCAAGUGGCCUUUUGGCUGUUGCACUAGCAAAUUCGGACAAUGCAGCGAGUGUUGCACCGGAAGCAGGUUCCAAAGAAGCCGUACUUCCUCCGGAAGUGGGCUCUAGCUUCGAAGAAAAACUCCCAACGACGGAGCAACUCCUGGGGAUGCUCGAUUCGAUGACCGGCUUGUCAGAUGAGGAGAAAUCGAAACUCAGGGAGGAUUUGUUGAAAACUAUCCAAGAAAGUGAUGAUUUUCCACAACUUGGCAGCCAACCGAUGCCUGGCAAUGAUCUCACUAUGCAAACUAUGGUCCUUUUAUCUUUGUUGAGUGUAGUUGCUCUCAUUUUUGUGUUCUUUGUCUACAAGUUAUUCAAGUGCUUGUCGGAGAGGGAGUCGAAGCGGGAAGAAAAAAAGAAGAAUAAACAGAUGAAGAAAAAGAAGUAACGCGAACGAGGUUAAUGGGGGCAUAGCAUUAUGGAAUGCGGCGAGAGAAAUAUGAAUGUGCAACGUAUAACGAAUUGCAGCAAUAUGUACGUUGCAUCGUUUUGCGGAUCUAUUUAUCGUAUUUUAUGUACGAUGAAAGACAAUUUACAUUUCACGACUUACUCUAUUUUGCUAAAUAAAAGAAUAUAUUUAUGAAUAAAAACUGAAGCCCAUUUAUUAGGGGACAAUAUAUUUUGGCAACAAAGGAUAUUUAUUGUGCCGUUCUGUGACAUACAUCAUAUUCGCCGAAAUUUCUAUCGAAAUAUGUAUAUAGCAUGCAACCGAAUAAUACACUUCCAUUUAUUACAGUGGAAGUUCAAGUUCCUAUCCUUGUAAUUUCAUUUCGCACAUUACCUAAAUUAAAAUAUACAACGAUAGUUUUGCCCCAUUUGCUAACACGAUUCUAACAUUUGUUACGCGGCUCAUUAGAGUGAUGUAAACGACACGCGUUUUUACGUUGUAUUGAGCAAUGAGAUGCAUUACUGGUUCAAUUCACAUAUUAAAGGUACAUUCGAUUGUACAUAAAAUAUAGAAAAACGAUGUUAAUAGCCAUAUCGUAAAUAUUGACAUCCAUUCAGGAAUUCGUAUUUAUCAUUAAUUCUGGAAUUGAUUCUUUGCAAGAUUCCUAACUUACGAUUUAACAUUUGGUAGUAAAUUAUAAUACUUGGUAUGUUGUCCAUGAUUUACAAAGAUGUUUAGGGAAAAAUUGAUCUUCCUCUAAUUUGUACUGCGAUAUAUAGUGUGAACAUGAUUUUCCGUGGCAAAGCAAUCAUUAUUACUCUUAAUUGUCAAACUCUAAUUAAAUAAAUCCUAACACUUUGCUAUGAACAAAAAAGAAAAAAUAAGGCACUUAUAUCUUUUCUAAAGACAUUCUUUUAAUAUCGAAGAAUAGAAACUUUGGUUUGGUUCUCUAUUCUUGCUCCUUUGC